GGGAAGAGAAGGAGCUGCCCAGCGCAUGCGUGGUACGUGUGGCUGGGGAAUUCAUGUGGAGGUCAGAGGGGGAGCAGGUGUGAGUGGGUCCAGCAGAAGGAGACAUGGCUGCCAAAGUGUUUGAGUCCAUUGGCAAGUUCGGCCUGGCCUUAGCUGUUGCAGGAGGAGUGGUGAACUCUGCCUUGUAUAAUGUGGAUGCUGGGCACAGAGCUGUCAUCUUUGACCGGUUCCGUGGAGUACAGGACAUUGUGGUAGGAGAAGGGACUCACUUUCUCAUCCCUUGGGUACAGAAACCUAUUAUCUUUGAUUGCCGCUCUCGACCACGGAAUGUACCAGUGAUCACUGGUAGCAAAGAUUUGCAGAACGUCAACAUCACCCUGCGUAUCCUCUUCCGGCCAGUCGCCAGCCAGCUUCCCCGCAUCUUCACCAGCAUCGGGGAGGACUACGAUGAGCGGGUGCUGCCGUCCAUUACCACGGAGAUCCUCAAGUCGGUGGUGGCUCGCUUUGAUGCUGGAGAACUGAUCACCCAGAGAGAGCUGGUCUCCAGACAGGUGAGCGAUGACCUCACGGAGCGAGCAGCCACCUUUGGGCUCAUCCUGGAUGACGUGUCCUUGACGCAUCUGACCUUUGGGAAGGAGUUCACAGAAGCGGUGGAAGCCAAGCAGGUGGCUCAGCAGGAAGCAGAGAGGGCCAGGUUCGUGGUGGAGAAGGCUGAGCAGCAGAAGAAGGCGGCCAUCAUCUCCGCAGAGGGCGACUCCAAGGCCGCUGAGCUGAUCGCCAACUCGCUCGCCACUGCGGGCGAUGGCCUCAUCGAGCUGCGCAAGCUGGAGGCCGCCGAGGACAUCGCGUACCAGCUGUCGCGCUCUCGGAACAUCACCUACCUGCCGGCCGGGCAGUCCGUGCUCCUGCAGCUGCCCCAGUGAGGCCCACCCGGGCCCAGCCCCGACCACUCUGCACACCGCCGUCCUUCCGCCCCCACCCCCGCCCCAGAAAUCACUGUGACAUUUCAUGAUUGGCUUACAGUGAAGGAAAUAAAAGUGAAAUCACUUCAGAUCUCUCAUUAGCAGACGAAGCUUUUUCAUUCUCCCCAUUUCCAUCCACUUUUUGAUCCGCCUCCCUCCCCCGAAUUGCCAAGUGCCUACGCAGCCCGGGGCCCGCUGGCACUCCGGCCCAGGCCGGCGGUUGGCAGGGGAGAGGCGGAGCCAUUGUGCCCUGGGCCGGGGGGCACUUGGAGCCUCCAGCCUGUCGUGCAGGCGGGAUUUGAGGAAGACGGCCCACGCGGCUGAACAGAAAGCACAGGUCUCCGUGUGUCCCAGCCGUUCCUCCACGGACUCCGCUGAAGAGCUGCUGGGGAGGGUCAGAGGAAGUCAUCUGUCUCUCUCCAUAAAGCUGAUUCUCUUGAACCGCGGGGCCAGCGGAAGCAGGUGUGAACAGCGGGGCACGGACUGAAGGAUCUGCCCCCGUGAAGGUGGGUGGGCCUGACACGCUCCCUCCCAGGGUCCUGCCGCCAGGAUGUACUUGGAGAGCAAGUGAGCGAGCGGGCCUGGCCGGAGAUGUGAGUCCCGUUGAAGACUUCCUCUCCACCCCCCACCUCGGUGUCUCCAAGUCCCUGACAGAGUUCCAGCCUAAAGGAUUGCAUCCUGCCGAGUCUGAACACGCCUGCCAAAGCCACGUGCGUCCUGCGUUCCUGGCUCCCGCAUUCAGAGACUGCCCUUCCAGAGGGCUCUCUGCCUGUGCUUUGAAGGAAAUGGCCGUGGGAAGAACACUAAUGUGUGUAAACUGCUGUCAAUAAAUGACACCCAGAACCUUCCA